AUGUAUGAAAAUGAUGUUAUCUAAGUUACAUCAUCAUAUGAUCUUACUAAUAUAUUUUGGGAUGUUAAAACAGAAUAACAAAAUUAGGAUAUAAAUUAUAGAGAUAAUUAAUAGUGAACAGAAUUGAUAAAUCUAAAGAAAAAUAAUAUUAGGCUGCAGUUAUCAAUUUUUUGACUCUUAUUAUAAUUAGAUCUCUUAAACCAAGGAAGUUGUCUAUAUUUAAGAUAGAUAUAAUAAUAAUAUUAUAGAAUCGGAUUUUUAAAAGAUAGUAAUUUCUUUUUAUACUUUUUUUGAAGAUUGAAUUAUAAGAAUACAUGAUUUAAGAUAAGUAUUAGAUUUCAAUAAUUAUGUAGUAGAUUUAUCAAGAGAAUAUUAGGAUAAAAAGCCAAUAAAUACAACUUUUUUGGAUAUAAAUGAGACUGAAUUAAUUAUUAGAGGUUAAAUUAGAAAUGUGGAAAUACAUAAUUUUUAGUAAAACAAAGUGAUAUUGAAAUUAUCUCCUUGUCCUAAAAUAGGUUUUAGAUUUAUUUCUAUUUCCUAAAAUACUAAUCAGAUUAUUGCUGCUGAUUUACGAAGGCAAUGUCGUACUUAUAUGGUGAAUAACAUGGACCUAACAGAAUAAAAUUUAGUGUAUAAAUUCGAAGCACAUCAACUAAUUUUAGCGUAGAUAAACACUUAUUUUAACUUUGAAUAAGAAAAAUUUAGGGAAUGCAAAUAAUCCAAAUAGGAAUUGUUUUCAACUCUAUAUGGUAUUGAAUAUUGAGAGAUUAUUUAAAAGGACAUUGGAAGUAGGUGAGGGAUUGUGUGUGACUCAGAAUAUAUUAUUACAGCUAUAUCAGAUUUAUUUACAAAAAUAUGGUAAAAUGAUAGUGCUGCUUUACUAAGAAUUUUAAAGGGACAUAAAUAGGGUGUUACUAGUUUUUCAAUUAAUGAUAUAGCAAUUGACUGA